GCGCUGCUCUAUAUUUCUGGAAUUAAAUUUUUCUGGAUAGACAUGUUUGAAGUGUAUAAUCUACGUGAAGGUUUCGCUCUUUGUGACUAUUGUUUGGGUAACGGUUCUCCAGCAGUGGUUUCUCCUCAGGCUGUGUGAAGCUGUCAGUGCAGUCAGUGGUCUGGAGAGGGAGGGUCAACAUGGCGUCGGAGCAGGAAAUCUCAAAUGCGCCAGUGAAGAAGUCUAUGAGGGAGAAGGCUAUCGAGCGCAGAUCAGCUAAUAAAGAGCACAACAGUAAUUUUAAGGCCGGAUAUGUUCCAAUUGAAGAGGAGCGACUCCACAAGACAGGACUGAGGGGUCGCAAGGGCAUCAUUGCCAUUGGCAUAGUCAUCCUACUCUUUCUGCUUGCACUCAUUAAUCUCAUUAUAACUCUAGUGAUAUGGACAGUGAUACGGAUAGGUCCGGGAGGUUGUGAAAGUAUGGAGUUUCACGAGAGCGGCCUGCUGCGCUUCAAACAGAAGGCCGAUAUGGGUGUGGUUCACCCGCUGCACAAGAGCACAGUGGGCGGCAGGAAGGACCAGGACCUUGUCAUUACUGGCAACAAUAACCCAGUGGUGUUCCAGCAGGGCAACACCAAGCUGAGCGUAGAGGAGGAUAAAACGUCUAUCGUCAGUGACUUGGGCAUCUCCUUCACUGACCCCCGCACUCAGACGACUUUCUUUAGCACUGAUUUUGACAGCCAUGAGUUCCACCUGCCCAAAGAGGUCAAGGUUCUCAACGUGAAAAAAGCUUCUACUGAAAGAAUCACCAGCAAUGCAUCAUCUGACCUCACUAUCAAAGGAGAUGGUAAGGCCAUUAUUCGUGGCAACGAGGGAGUUUACAUUAUGGGCAAAACUGUGGAGUUCAGCAUGGGUGGGGACAUUGAGCUGAAAGCGGAAAACAGCAUUAUUCUAAAUGGCUCAGUGAUGUUCAGUCCUUCGCGUAUACCAAACUCCUCUCUAGGGGGAGACUUGUACUUCAAUGAGGGGUUAGAGAGGUAUAAACUUUGCAUGUGUGCAGACGGGACUCUGUUCAGAGUGCAGGUCAAAUACUCCAACAUGGGCUGCCAAACAUCUGACAAUCCCUGUGGAGCAGCACACUAAUGAAAGAGAGACGAAUACCACUGGAAUACACAUGCUCAUCAUUGUUUUCAAGUGAAACAUGACAUUUUGGGUGAACUGCCAAAAGAUACAAAUAUGAUCAUGUGGUUUUUUUUUUGUUUUGUUUGUUUUUUAAACUGGACAAUAAUUAGCCUAUAAUAUUAGUGUACACAUGAAAUACACAAAAAUGCAAACAAUCUGCCCUUACCCUCCCACCCACCAAAAUAGUUUCUUCUACAUGCUCACUCAACUUUAUUGGAGGUCUAAGAACACACACACACACACACACACACACACACACACCUGAUGAUGAUAAUCACUCCCUUAUAACCAUAAAUCUGGCCCAGCACAAACAGUACCGUUUUCUUUUAUGGCCGAGAGCUCCCUGUGCAUUAUCAUUGGCUCACCUCAGUGUUUUACAGUCUUUAAGCUGCCUACUUUCAGCCUUCACUGCAUGUGCUUUAUAUAUUGUAUAGUAGCAGAGUAAUUGAGUCCAGUGAUUUUCUGAGCAGUAUUAUUACACUCUUUUACAAUCCCCUCCUGUCAUUAAUAACCAUCAAAUGGCCACAUAAAAAGAGGGAUGUUGUUUGACUGAUACAAAUGUUAAAAUAGUGUCAUAAACCUUCUGUAUUGUUUAGUCUGAAAGACUAGUUCUACAUGGUUAUUGUGGCUUUUGAAGAGGGGAUGUAAAGUGGCCAAUAGUAUUUAACAGGUUGGAUGUCACUUAAGAGUUUUUCAGGGUUGGUUUUUAUAUCACAGAUGUUUACUUGGUCAUGAUUUUAGCCUUUUUUAUUUUCAUUUCUUUGUAACAAUCUCUAUCUUCGCUGAAGCAGGAUCAGCACAGCCACAUCUUAUGUAAGUAACACUGUAAGCCUGAUCCUGAAACAGUGGUUAGUGAUGCAUCAAUUCUGGCACAUAUUUUCAAGGCUUGUAUUAUAGAGUGCCAUGGACUAGUGACAAAUUACCUGUCGUCUAAUGACAUGCUCAGAGGUGUGUACCAGUCCAAUACCUUUUGAUAAGAUAAAAACAGGAAACUUCUGUAAUAUAUUCAAGCUAUCUAAGUGUGAUAUUUUGUGCAAUAUAACCUUUUUGGCCUGGUUUAUUUGGGUACAUGUGUGGUAUUUAUUGUUGUUUUUAAAUACAGUAUUAUUGUGAUGUCCAAACUAAAAAUCUUCUGUACUUGAGACUAAUUGUCAGACGUGACUUUCUUUUAAACCCUGCAAUGAAUUAGUCUGAAACAAUCUGAUCAUGUCUGUGGAUUUAGAUUUUUUUCAACAUUGUCAGAAAGGAAAUCACAAAUAUUCUGGGUGAAGGUGAAAAUGGAUGCUUUCAUAUUGCAGUGUUUUUGUUAAUAAAUGCAAAUGCAGGUUUUGAUUGAAAAA